AAACCCUAAAAGCUCUGAGCAUUUGUUGUUCAAAAGCUGAUCUCUCUUUGACACUGUAGAAAUUCGCUUUGGGGAAAAAUGUCAUCUGUUGGAACAUCGAAGGGGGUUCUGGAGAUCGUCAAGUUCGGUGUCUAUGUCGCUGUUCCGAUCGUCCUUAUGUAUACAUUCGCCAACAACAGUACCAAUAUCAAGAAAUUCAUGGGCAAUCGUUCAUAUGUUGUUUAUCCUGAAGAGGCACCUCGACCUCCUCCACCGGAGGAGUUAAGAGAGAUGGCACGAGAGCUUGCCCAUAAGAAGAACAUCCCGUGAGUUUAUCAGAUGGAAAUAUACAAAAGUUUGAUGUUAUCUCUGUAAUAGUAAACUCCUCGGCGUAACAACUGGUGGUAAUAAGGUAAUGUUAUGUUGUUGAUUCCCGUAAGAUCUUUAUGGGAUAUAUAAGAAAAGCAAUAAUGACGAAGAGUAAGCAUUUCUGAUGAAGUAAAACAUUUUCUGAUGAAAUUACAAGUCAGAGAUACAUAACCACAGCUUUAUGUGAUGAAAUUACAAGUCAGAGAUACAUAACCACAGCUUUAUGUGUUUCAAGAUUGUUUUAUAAGGUUGUUUCCAGAUUUGAGUUUGAAUA